UGGUUAUUGACCGGAAACAAAACGUGUGCAGUUUUAUAGAAGCUCUUUCGUUUCCCAUCUUCGCCUGGAACGGUCUGCUUCAUCGCAUAUAUUUUUUGUAUAAUUGUACAUCUGGUUUAAAAGCGAGACAAUGGCUGAUUUCGAUGAUCAUGAUCAUACCGGUCCUUCUGAUUCCGGAGCAUCGUUGACAUAUCCGAUGCAAUGCUCAGCAUUACGCAAAAACGGAUUUGUUAUGUUAAAGGGCAGGCCAUGCAAAAUUGUCGAGAUGUCCACCUCAAAAACUGGAAAACACGGUCAUGCUAAAGUUCACAUGGUUGGAAUCGACAUUUUCUCAAACAAGAAGUACGAAGAUAUAUGCCCAUCUACUCAUAACAUGGAUGUCCCUAAUGUUAAGCGCGAAGAUUAUCAGUUGACUGAUAUCAGCGACGAUAGCUAUGUUACAUUAAUGUCAGACGGUGGUGAUAUUCGUGAAGACUUGAAGGUUCCCGAUGGUGAUUUGGGCAAUCAGUUGCGUUCCGAUUUUGAUAAUGGCAAGGAUUUGCUGUGCACUGUUCUUAAGUCUUGCGGCGAGGAAUGUAUUAUCGCAAUUAAGACUAAUACUGCUCUGGACAAAUAAAGAAAAGGUGUCGUUGUAAAACUAUGUUGCAUUUACAUCUGAAGUAAAUUUAAUCAAAGAUGCUGUUAUAAGCUAGUUGACACAACUUUUAAAUUUGGUUCUAAUUAUUGUACAAAUAAAACUGAAAUUUGAA